UGUAAAUGUGUAUUCAUAUGGUUGGCGUGUGGACCAAAUGGAGCCUGGUCCACAGCUGGGGGUACCAACAGCUUGCGACCUCCUGGGGCCCAUGCUGGCUCAACCUACCUGUUUUAGGAAAACAAGCUGUUUUGUAGCUCUCCUCGGUCCCUGGUAACUCACAAGGGCGUCCACUCCUUCCUCGCCAAGGCUGUGCUCCGGUGCAGCUCGGGUUGCCUAGAUACCGCACGUCACAACCGCGCGCUCUAGGCGCCGAGGGAGGUUAGCUUCAGUUCCUAGAGCGGGCGGAGGAGCCGGUAAGAAGCGGAGCCCGCGGCUCUGACCGCAGCACAGCGACCGGAUCGUCCCUGGCCGCCGCUGCCUAGAGUGAUGCCACUUCCCGACACCAUGUUCUGCGCGCAGCAGAUCCACAUACCCCCGGAGCUGCCCGACAUCCUCAAGCAGUUCACCAAGGCUGCCAUCCGUACGCAGCCGGCGGACGUGCUGCAGUGGUCGGCGGGGUACUUUUCAGCCCUGUCCAGAGGAGACCCACUUCCUGUAAAGGACAGAAUCGAAAUGCCUGUGGCCACGCAGAAGACUGACACAGGCCUGACCCAGGGACUCCUGAAAGUGCUGCACAAGCAGUGUAGCCACAAACAAUACGUGGAAUUACCAGAUCUUGAGAAGAAGUGGAAAAAUCUGUGCCUGCCAGUAGAAAAGUUCAGAAAUAUCCUGGAACUAGAUCCGUGUGAAGACAAAAUGGAGUGGAUAAAAUUUUUGGCACUUGGAUGUAGCGCCCUGGGUGGGACUCUGAACACCGCCAUGAAGAACGCCUGUGAGAUCCUCACUGCUGACCCGGACGGUGGACCUGCCCGGGUUCCGUUUGAUACUUUUGCCUACAUCUACCAGUACUUGUCUGGGCUGGACCCUGAACUCCCGGCCUCAGAGACGGAGGCCUUUCUUGCCACUUUAAGAGAGAAGUCAGAGUCUAGAAAGAAUGGCAUGAUAGGACUUUCGGACUUCUUCGUUUCAAAAAAGUCAAUAUAGAAAGCCUUGAAGAGAAGGCCUGAAGAGUAGAGCGCUAAUACAGAGAGAAGCACAUUUAAAGUCGAACUCCUGCUUUGGAAAACCUUGGCACCAAAUACAGCUGUCUUAAUCGCUUACAUGUGACAUGUGAGUUCUUCUCUGUGGAACUUUAGCGUGGCAGGUGCUCACAGGGCCACUUCAUUACUGCUUCUCACUGUGUCUUGGAUGGGCUGUAACAGUGGCACUAUCAUCGCCUUUGGUAAA